AUGAAUUCUAAUACCGGUUUCAGCCAUAACAGUCAAGACCACGACAGGCACACGAGUGAUUCGCAUGGACUGCACGUUGCAAGUAGUGAUUUUCACGAGGAAAAUGCAAACGGAACCAUUCUGAAGGAGUCUGAAAAUUCAGCGUCUUCAUCUGUGCAAUCGCACUUUGUCAACCAGCAAGCUUUUAAUGGGGCAAAUGCCGCAGAGGCAAAUUGUUUAACCCCGGUCGUCGAUCAGCACCAGGCGGAUUCUGGGGCCGGAAAUGCCGACGGUAUGGAUCGUCAGUUAAAAGUGUACCCCUCAGGUUUUGCAGACGAGGAUUUUCCGUACGAUGAGUGGCUCAACUCCAACGCCUGCACUAUUGCUGUAGCAACCGGAAAUGCGGAUGUUUCCACGGUUAUGAAUGCGCCACAUAUCACGGAGAACUCGAAUUCGUCCUCCUCAGGAGUUUCUGGCUCCCUUACACCAAUCAUAAAAGAGGAGCCGGACCAACUUGAUGAUCUUUUGUCGCCAAGCACUUCUGGGAAGACGUUGUUUGACCCGGGGAUUUUCCCGCGGCGGACAUUCUCGGGUACAUCGUCUUUCAACAGUCCGACCGUUUCUCCGCCUAGCCGCCGGGCUGCUUUGUCCGCUGACGAUCCGAAAAUCAACAAUGUUCCGAUCUCGAAUUCAAACAGUGCUUCCUCUUCCAGCUCCAAGCGGGUACCUCCGAAAUUACUUAGGGGGAGGAGGGCAGGUGGUGCAUCUUCAGGCAGUGCAGCCAUUUCGGAAGGGCCCUCCAGUAAUAGCGAUACGUCCUCUGUUGGUGCACGGAGCGGGUCUUACACUGGGUCCGGUGUUAAGAAGCCGAAAAGAGACCGGUUUUCGCAUAAUGUGGUGGAGAAGAAGUACCGGACAAACAUAAACAUGAGAAUUGCAGAGCUCAGAAAUGCAGUUCCCACUUUAAAGCCGCUUUCAACAUCAGCUGGCAACGGCCAGAUCGACUUAUCGAAGUUGGACGGUUUGACUCCGGCAACCAGGCUGAAUAAAGCCAGCAUCUUGUCCAAAGCCACCGAGUACAUUUAUCAUCUCCGGACGAAAAACGAGGCAUUAAUGCGGGAAGUGAGUGCACUUCAUGGGGUUAUACAACAGUAUGGACUGUCGUUGCCUCCGGCUGUGCAGGAAAUGCACCAGCAGUUGAAGCCGCUUCCUAAAUUCAUCAGCUAUUCUCAUGAUGGUAAAAAACUCGGGCCUGUUUCCGGCCAGCCGCCGGCAAAAACUUCUUCAUUCCGGGGGUUGCAGCAGCAGGCACAGCCUCAAGCUGCCUAUGGGUACUACGGAGGAGUUUCUGCCUCUGUUCCUGGGGCAACAGUUGCAUAUGAUACCCAGUAUGCAGGUGGGCAGCCUCUGGCUAACCAAUAUUCUUAUGUGCAGAAGGGGGAGGGUGUUCCUCAGUAUGUUCAGAAGGGCCAAAAAUUCGCACAAUAUGUACCGAACAGUUCAACUGCUCAGUAUGUGCAAGAUCAAGGUUCUCAGUACGUGCAAAAGCAAGCUCCUCAGUAUGGGCAAGAUCAAACUACUCCACAUGGACAAGAUCAAACUACUCAAUAUGGUCAUAAUCAAACUCCGUACAUACAGAAAGAUCAAAUGCAUUAUGUCCAAAAAGACCAAACCCCCAACUACAUACCAAAAAAUAAAAUGCCGGGCUACUCCCAAGACCAACCUCCCCAGUACAAUUUCCAACAUCAACCAUCUUCACAGCAUCCGUACACAUCUUCUGAACCCCAACCUGGACAGACGUUUCAGCAGAACCCAGAGCAUGCAAAUUCCCAGCAGCAAAACUUCUACUACGAUCAGAAGCACGAAACUGAUACCGUUGGGCAGCCAAUAGAAGAGCCUAACUUGGCCAACAAUGCGUCUGAGUCUCACAUGAUGAGAGGCCAGAUGCUGGUUGGUGGAGUUGCCGCAAUUAUGGGGUCGCAGCUCAUGGCCAGCUCGGAGGAAAGCAUUCCAUCACACACGCAGGAUAUUAGGCCUAUGGGGAUCUCAUCAGUGUGGUUGGACAUCCCAGAAACAGUCUCCUCGUUCAAGACGUUGUGCCAGUUCACACUUUUCUUUCUUGGAUUAUUCAUGCUUGUCCAGCCGGUUCUUUCUGUGUGCUUUAAUUUCAUUGAGGCCUGCCUCUAUCCGCCAUCACUCGAAACCAGCCAUGUUCCUGGAUUCGUGCAGACGAGAAUCCGAGGCUUGGUGAGACGAUCGUCCGGCUUCGCUUUCACCACUCUUCUCGUCAAGUACUGGGCGGUGAACUGUGGAUUCUUGAUCAAGGACGGCACGAAUCCACAGCAUCUAUAUCAGUUCAACAUGCUAUGCCACGAUCUUUUCACCAAGAAGGGCCAGAUCCCCUUGGCUGUGUUGAUGUUCUUCUAUGUUGAGUCUCUCUCCAUAGUGACAAGCGGGGCCUACCGCACGGAUGAAAGUUAUCGCUUCCAGUUCAACAGUCUAGUAAUUGCUCGUGUAUUCGAAAGAAGACUCCGGAGUCAGUUCUUGAACGCGAUGUUGUCUAUCCCACAGAGGAUAUGUGCUUUGUUCAAGGAGCUUGAGGCAACCAAGGCAAUAAGAGGUGAGCGAUCCGCGUCGAUGUGCCAGAUGGUCAAGCUUAUAGAGAAGGAUCCUGGUUUUGUGGCUAGCAAUGUUCUUUUUGAUCGCAUCCUUACCAGGAGCUUCAAAAUGGAGGAGUCCUGGUACUUGGUUGAGUACGUGUGCUUUAUCCGGGCCACCGAUAUUCUUCGGGCCUCGCUAAUAGAGUAUAUUCAGGCUUUAUCGUUGUUUGGCGGUGAUAUUCUUCCCGGUAACGAGGCUGUAUUCAGCAAAGUUCGGCGUAGGGAAGCAUCUUAUGCAAAGCCUGUGGAAGAUGAUCUGUCUUACAAGGCCUUCAAAGAGACGAUUAUGGCCGAAGUAGUCCACCGGAUAUUCUCCAAGAUUGAUAAAAGCGAGGCCAUUAUGCCGGCAGGGUCACCCGUGAGGCUUUACUGUAGUGUUUACCAGCAGAUUCUUGAUCCUAAGGACAAGAGCAAGCUGCAGAGAUCGCUUUACGCGAUUUUUAGCUCUUGCAAACGACACUUGGAGAACAGUGAGACUUUCGACAGAGUGAACUCAUUGUUUGAGGUCGAUAAGUUCAAGCCCCAAUCUAUGGACGUUAUAGUUGAGGAAAUUGAAUCACACCAGCAUCCUUCUGCCAUAAUGCAUGUUGUAUCGUGCUUUUCAUACAGAUUGUCGCUUGCCUGCUCCUGGAUUAUGCACUUCUACUACAACUCCGACUACGAGAGUGCCAGGUAUCUCGUGAAAUUUCUUAGAACUCCGUCUGAUUUCGCCAAUCAUGGCGAUCUUGAGGUUCUUGAUCUCCUGCCAUUCACUGCCGCUCUGCAAGUUCUUCUUGUAAUAGUUGAGAAGGAGGCCGACAACUUGUUCAAAGAUGAGUCGGAGGGUGGCCUGGGAGACGAGAAUCUUCAAGUUAUCACCAAUUUGGUGAACUUCUUGAAGGUAUACGUUAACUAUGCGGUUGCAGCACCAAAAAAGUUCAACCUCCUAUCCUAUGAUGUGGCAAGGCUACGGACACAGCUGAAGCUGGAGAUUCAUCAACGGUUGAUGCGGUUGGGAAAUAUUUUAGAUUCUGGUUCUGCUGCGAGGAAUGAUGACGUUAUUGGUUAA